AUGGCCAAUGUGUCACCAAGAAAAGUGGUUAGAGCCAAGCGUGUGGUGACACCAAAUGCACGACCAGAGAGCCCCUUUUUAAAAUCUGUGACAUUUAAUGAUGACAUUGUUGAAACUUCCAUUGGGGGGACACAGAGAGUAGGGAAAAUCAAAAAAGAUGUACUGCUUCACUUUGAUACGCCAGUUAGAAUAAAUGGAUCACGAAAUGGUGGGACCGCUGUUACGCCUGCCAGCAAUGGAAGGUCGUCGGGGCCCGGCAAAGAGAAUAUGGACAACGGAGUAGAUAAAUCAACAGAUGCAAGCAAAGAAAUAUCUACUAAAAGCGCUUUAGCAACUAAUCUGAACAACAAUGCCACAACUCCAAGGAGCAGCAAUCAGAUGACCAGGUCAGCCAAUUCUCAGCAGGAAGUUGCUGAAGUGAAGCCUGCGAGCAAGGUGGAAACUUCUUUAAAUGAUCAGGAGGUGAUAAGUAAAAGAGAUGUGUCUGCCAAAGUCACUGUUAGAACAAGCAACGGGCAAAAAGCUCCACAAUCUAACUCAGGUGUGGGUAGGCAAGAUGAAAGUAGCAGCAAUGAAGGUAGCUUUAUUAAACCUGAUACACCUUCAUAUUUAGACAGCCGAAGGACCACGAUGGAACAAAUUCAAAGUGUUGCUCUCAGUCCUUUUCACACGCCACAUGGCAAGAAUGCACGCAGGCAUACAUUGGAGAGUAAGCUCUUCGCCACGCCUGACUGCUACCGUGAUGUCAAUUUUGGGACACCCAGGCUUUGGAACACAGUUGCUCAUGAUGAAUCGACGGAUGUCAUUGAAGAUGGAGAGGACAGCUGCAGUAUUAUGGUUGCUGUAAGGGUGCGGCCAUUUUGUCAAAGGUGAUUUCAAAGAGCUAUCUCUUAACUCAAUAGUUUAUUAAAAUAGAGUUCUGAUUUUAUUAUUAUAUUCAAGGGUUUAGGUUUUUCAACUACCAAAGAUGAAUUUCAGCUAUGAAUUUAUUAGUAAGUGAAGCAUCUGCUUGCUGCAUUCGUAAUAUGUAAUGAGAAAAAUGUUGAACAUUUUAUAAAUAUUUUACUUCAUAGGCUGUCCAUGUAAUUUUUAUUUGACUCAGGAAGUAUCUGAACAAAAUUAUUAUUUCCAAACUUAACAGGCGUGGAACACUUGAUUAUUUUGUUGGCUCAAAAGCACACAUGACAAUAUUAUGAAAUCAAUCCUUAUAAUUACAAUUAUAGUGAUUAUGCUUACAAAGUAGACUUGUUGAGUAUUUAGUUUCAUUGUUUUUUUUCUUACUUCAGAGAGUUAGAUGACCCAAACGUCAGAUGCGCUGUCUCAAUGGCUGGCAACGAAACAACCAUGACAUCUGACAAUGGGAAUGUGCACAGAUUUGUCUACGAUUUCUCCUUCUGGUCACAUGACAGAGGGUCAUCAUCCGAGUUCUGUGACCAGGAAAUGGUAUACACAAGGCUUGCGCAGCCACUCUUGGGGAAAGCAUUUGAAGGCUACAACACUUGUCUCUUUGCCUAUGGCCAAACAGGAAGUGGGAAAAGUUACAGGUAUGCAAAUUUCACAUGGUGA